AACGCUUCAAGUCUUUAUCAUCAGUGUCAGCGGUAAACCUAAUUGAGAUAAGCCCACUCGUCAUCUUUGCUGCUUCCUUUGUUAUUCGUUACUAAUUAACCGUGCUCAUUAUAAUAUUUAUAUAACACUGGAAAGGUAAGGAAGAGUAACAUACGAGCAACGAAUAGCUCAGUAAUUUAUUUUGGGAACGAAUUGGCGGACGAUGUCUUCUUUCCGAUAUCUUUCGAGCAAAAAUGCUGCUCUUGUUCUCAAAGGAUUGGAAUCUUUACUCGAUCUGGAAGAGCUUUGUGAUGUAAUCCUUCGAACAGAAGAUGGUUUCUCGAUAUCGGCACACCGCAAUGUUCUCUCCGUCGGCAGCCCAUACUUCAGGGCCAUGUUCUUGGGACAACUGAAAGAGAGUAGAAGAGAAGACAUCACUCUAAAAGGGGUUACCGGUGAAGCUCUUCGAUGUAUUGUUCGGUUUGUGUACACCUCUUCAAUAGACGUGAAUGACGCAAAUGUUGACGAUGUUCUUAGCGCUUCGGACCUUUUCCAGAUGAAAGAAAUUACUACCGUUUGUUGCCAGUUUCUUAAAGAGCAACUUCGGCCGUCAAAUUGCUUGGGAAUAGCAGCUAUUGCCGGUGGCUUUUCCUGCGAAGAACUUUGGAGUGAGGCGCGCAAGUUUGCUGUAAAACACUUCAAUGAGGUAAUAAAAUGUGAUGAGUUCAAGGAUCUGUCGUUAGACGCAGUCAAAGAUCUGCUUUCAGACGAAAAUGUGUGCAUUCGAUCAGAGGAAGAUGUUUAUAAUGCAGCUGUUGAAUGGUUGACGUGUUUUGGCGAUCGCCUGAAAUACUCGUCGGAAAUACUACGUUGUGUACGGCUACCUGUUUUGUCUCCUACAUUUCUCCGUUCACAGGUGAUGAGUAAUGAGUGGGUUAUAAAUGAUCCUGAGUGUAAGCAGAUGCUAGAUGAAGCCCUUUCCUAUGCUUCUUCCCCUUCAUCUGAAAAGCGUAAGCACUCUUCAGCAGUAAGAAUGAGGCCACGAGUCCACUCGGGGUUUGCUGAUGUCAUGGUUGCCAUUGGUGGUCUCCACCUUGGUAGUCCUGUGGCAUCAGGGGAACAAUACAACAUGUACACUGAUGAAUGGUCACCUAUUGAAGACAUGCCUACCCUGCGGUAUGGUGUUGCUGUUACUCAACUUCAUGGACAGAUAUAUUGUCUGGGAGGAUUUGAAAGUGGGAAGUACUUGAGCACAGUUGAAGCUUAUGAGCCUGAGGAAAAUUCAUGGAUGAUACGCCCACCGAUGCUUGUGUCUAGAAAGUACUUUGGUGCAACCUCCCUCGGUGGUAAAAUUUUUGCUUUUGGAGGCUCCAACAGCCAUCAUCGGCUCAAAAGUGUAGAAUGCUUUGAUCCAUAUGAGAAUCAAUGGACCUUUGUCUCACCUAUGCUGUGCCCAAGAAUGUACUUAGCAGUUGGAACACUGGGGGGAUUGGUGUAUGCCGUGGGAGGACAUGAUGGCUUAUCACGCCUGAGUAGUGUGGAGUGCUAUGACCCUCAGAGUGAUGAAUGGAGCUAUGUGACUCCCUUAGGUAUGACUGUUGAUUCCAACUUUUUACAAAAGAGAUGCACUGUUAUAUCAUUUUGAAUUUUGUAUAUACCAGUGGUGUAAACCUGGGAGUAAUAUUUGAUUUUGUAGUCUGUUGGUUCGUAUGAAAGUAACUACUACAGAUGACAGCCCUCCUCUGGAUAACUUUUAGCUCAACAGUUAGACUAUGCAAUCAAAUCUUUUGAAUUUUGGUUGGCAGUAGAUAUAUCUUAGGUAGUUGUCACAGAGAUCUAGCCUCUGCAACCUCCAGUUCUGGGGUCUGGGACUCUCUGGUAUGCUGUUCUCUCCCCUCCCCUCAACAAACAUUAGGAGUAAUAAUGCUAUAAUAAUUCCACAUGGAUGUUCCAUAAUCAUGCUAAUAGGUCCCCCCUUAGUAGGGGUUCAAUAUCUGAUAACUCCCCCUUCCUAAUGAGUCCCCUCCUUUCUAUGCCCCACCCCCCCAGCUUUAAAAGAAAACAAAUCAGUUUGUUUCAAAAGUUUUUGAUCUUUAAUUCAGCUUGAAAGCCACCCUCCACUAGAUAUAUACUCACCCAACACUCCCAACCACAAAAUUUGUUUAUGUCUAAGGCUUGCAGUCAGGCUUUGUCCAAAUGCAAUAACAUAUUCUCAUUAUAGAAGUAUUGAAUCAAUGUCAAUACCUACCCCUUCACUAACCCAAAAUUGAUUCUGUUGUUGGGUCAGGAGAGGGGUAUGUCUACAGUUGCUCCGAUACUGACAUUGAUCAAAGUGUGAUUAUAAUAUUAGCGUGUAUAACAAUUUCUUCUCCAUUGUCUGAUAGGUAAGCCAAGAUCUGUUGCUGGUGUAGCAGCCCUUGGUGGCCUCUUGUAUGUCAUUGGUGGAUUUGAUGGGAACAAUUAUCUUCGUAAUGUUGAUGUCUAUGAUCCUGAGACAAAUUCUUGGACUGCAGCAUGUCCACUGAAUGAACAGCGCUCUGCUACCAGUGUUGCCGUAAUGAAAGGAAGGAUUUUUGCUAUUGGCGGCUUUAAUGGACAGUUCUUGUCAAGUGUUGAGGUCUAUGACCCUGAAAUUAACCAGUGGAGUUACGUAAAUAAUAUGUCGAUUCCAAGAGUACAUUUUGGUGCCACUGUUGUGUAGUACAUGUGAUUUAUUUUUGUAUAAGAUAGUUUAAAAUUCAGUCUUUGGGGAUGUUUCCAUCACUGGGAGGAAAUGUCUUUAGGCAGUUGGAAGUGUUCUAACCCUUUCACUCUGAAGAUCUCAUGAGUGCUGGUAAUUCUCCUUACCGUCUAUUGUACAAUUCUUAUGAUGUUUGGUGGGAGAAUUUGGUAUCUCCUCAAUUAAGUUUUUCUUUAUUCUCAUCACUUGUCUGUUGAUAUUGUAUUGAUAUAGUGAGGAGAAAUUAUUUCUUGGUUGCUCAUUGGAGUGACAGGGUUGGAUCCAAGGAUUUCCUACAAGCAGCAGAGUUAAUGAAAAUUUAGGAGGAAAUAGCCAUUGUGAUGUUUGAAUGCCCCUCUAAGUUUUGUUAUGGAUUAUGUUAUGCUAUAUGUUUAAUAUCAGCAAAAUUAGCUUUUUUGCUCCCAUGUUACUAAAGAAAUGGUAUUGAUAAUGUUGGAGGAACCAAGAAAAAUCUAAUCGCUAAAUAACUGAUGUUUUUUUUUCAUAAUUUUCACACACAUCAUGCUUACGGCUUCUCAUUUUUGCACCCAUUAGGCACAAUGCUUUCACGCUUAGAACAUACAUGCACAAUGCUUGCACACUCGGAGAUUAUGCAUUUCAGACAACUAACUCUGGUGCAUUUAUUUUAGUGCCUUUUGUGGGGGGUUAAAUUGGGGC